AUGACUCCAAGCUCUCGUGAAGUCAAGUCACAGACUGAUCCUUAUCUUUCAAAGGAAAUUGAAAAGCUCAAGGAGGAAAUUACAAAGCUGGGGGAGAAGCAGGCAGAUGGAUCCGUCACGGUGAAGUUUGGCAAGCUUUUUGACGAGACAGGAGACAUUUUUGAGGCACUUGGAGGAACGCUACGAGCUGCAAAGAAGAGGAAGAUUAUAUCUUUUGAUGCGGAGAUGUUACUGCAAGGACGAGAUAACAAUGUGGACAUCAUACUUCUACCGCAAUGA